UCCGGCACGAAGAAGAAGAAAGCGAGGAGAGAAUACCAGACAGUGGAAGCCAGAGAGAGAAAGCAAAAGCAACCUCUAGAGAGAGAGAGAGAGAGAGAUUCGGAUUUUCAAGCUUCGUUCUGGUCGGUAUCUCUGGGCCAGAGCAUCUGCUGCAUUUUCUGAGGUUUCGAGAGAGCCGAGUCAUGGCCGAGUCGAGCGACUCAGUGUCCGUCGACGUCGACGCCGUACCUUUCGAAGGGAAGGAGCAUGCGGUGAAGACGAGCAAAGGUUCGGUUUCCGUGUUCGUCUGCGGCGAUCAGGAGAAGCCCGCCCUCAUAACGUAUCCCGACGUCGCUCUCAAUUAUGUGUCGUGUUUCCAAGGUCUCUUCUUUUGCCCGGAUGCUGCUUCUCUGCUGUUGCACAACUUCUGCAUUUACCACAUUGAUGCUCCUGGGCAUGAGGUAUUGCAGUUGGGUGCUGAUGUGAUUUCUUCGGAUGCGCCGAUUCUCAGUGUCGAUGACCUUGCAGACCAGAUUGCUGAAGUGCUUGACUUCUUUGGGCUGAAGGAAGUUCUGUGCUUAGGUGUAACAGCCGGUGCUUACAUCCUGACUCUUUUUUCACUCAAGUAUAAAGAGAGGGUUCUUGGUCUGAUUCUCGUUUCCCCAAUUUGCAAGGCACCUUCAUGGACUGAAUGGCUUUAUAACAAGGUGUUGCUGAACCUCUUGUACUUCUAUGGCAUGUGUGGUUUAUUGAAGGAGUUUCUUCUCCAGCGGUACUUCAGUAAGGAAAUUCGCUGCAGCAUGCACGGUUCAGAAUCUGACGUCGUUCAAACUUGUCGAAAGUUGCUGGAUGAAAGACAAAGUCUGAACGUCAUGCGCUUUCUUGAGGCCAUGAAUAGGAGGCAUGAUCUGACAGACAGCUUGAAGAAUUUGCACUGCAAGACACUCAUUUUUGUGGGUGAGAGCAGUCCAUUCCAUGCUGAAUCAGUGUACAUGAGUGCCAAAAUGGACAGGAAAGUCUGUGCUCUUGUUGAGGUUCAGGCGUGUGGUUCCUUGGUGACAGAAGAGCAUCCUUAUGCAAUGUUGAUCCCGAUUGAGUUCUUUCUUAUGGGAUUUGGCUACUAUAGACCACCACAUUUUGUAUGUUCUCUAAACAAUGAAUCGAGUCCCACUAGCCCCUCAAGCCAAUCUUGCAUAGCGCCGGAGCUUUUGUCACCUGAGAGUCUGGGGAUAAAGCUCAAGCCGAUCAAGACACGUGUAGCUAGCGAGGUCUGAUGGAAGGGAAGACAGAAAAAAGGAAGAUUGUAGUUUAGUUUCUAACUGUUUGUUGCAGCAUUUGUAGGUGCUUACAUACCUGGGGGAUGAAUAUUCUUUCAUUUUGUCGAUACUCAAAUGGAAAUUGUUGUAUCCAUUCUUCAACAUCUCAUGUAUAUAGAAGUACGGCAACAUUCUUUUAGGAGUUGAAUUUGUAUACCGACAGUGACAGGCAAACUCCUUGUACACUUCUUCUACGUUUAAGGAUCAUUUUUUAUGCAGCUUGUUUGAAAAAUUCUUUCUU